AAUCAAAGAAAAACAUUUUCAAAAUUCUUUCCCAACAGCUAAACACUUCAUUAGAUAGCAGAUUAAUAAUUUCUUCGAGAUACCCCAAGCUCAAAAUGGCCUUUCUUCACAAAAACUCUGUCCCGACAAAAGACUUUCCCGGUGCUGCUGUACUGUUUUUGAUACUACUAAGUAACGCAAUGCUGAGGGUAAACGCGUGUGGAACACCGCCGCCGGCACCAAAUCCGCCGUGUCCAUCGCCAAAGCCGCCGGCACCAAAGCCGCCGGCACCAAAACCACCGUCGCCAAAGCCGCCGUGUCCGUCGCCAAAGCCGCCGCCGCCAGUGCCACGCUGUUUAAUUUGCUUCAUCAACUGCGGGUUGAAAGUCAUAACGUGUUCGUUGACUUGUUUGUCAAAUCCAUUUUGCUUCAUUGGCUGCGGAAUGGCCAAUCAAAAGUGCAUCACUAAAUGCAAUGCUACCAUUGGAGAUCUGGAUCAAGAAUUCCUCCCCCAAAAUUCAAUUGGAACCGAGACUGGAACAAUGGAAGCAACGGCGACGAUCAUCUCUACCGCCGGUGGCAAGGAAAAUGCCGUAAAUGGUUCUCUCCAUUUCCUCCAGGACUUCACCGGAGAAAACACUCAUAUAAAUGGGACGAUUUUCGGGCUUUCUCGGGGGAACCAUAGCUUAUGUAUUCAUUCAACCGGAAGCUGUGAUUCCGUUGGAGCUCAUUCUAAUCCGCUUAAGCCUCGGGAUGAAAAUCAUCACUCCGAUGAUUUGGGAAACAUUGUUGCCGGACCUGAUGGAAUCGCCGAGGUAUCAAUUCAGGUGAAAACAAUCCAACUUGUCGGCGAAAACUCUGUUCUUGGUCGGGCAAUUGUUGUUCAUCGUGAUAGCAAGAUUGAUGGAAAUUCAGAUGCAGGAAUUGGUUGUGGAAUUAUUGAAGUCAAGACAUCCAUCUAGAUGGUCUAGCUACUAUACAGAUUAAUUAGUUCCCAUGGUAUUAUUUAUUAUUCUCCUGGAACUAUUAAUUAAUUAGCUUUUAAUUAAUGAUGCAUUGGUUCCUUCCUUCCUUACAAAAAUAUCAGGAAAUGGUGAUGUAUUAUGUCUAAUAUUAUUAUUGAUAUCAAGCUUCAUUUCAGUCUUUGAUUUGCAUCGAUCAGUUGCAUGAUGUUGUACUCCAUGAGCUUUUCUCUAGUUCUUCAACAUUCUUAUGAUACUAAUUAAAAGUUGAUUACGCGCGC